CAGCAAAUUCACAACACAAGCACUAACUUUCACGCAGAACUCACUCACAAAGAUGAUGAAAUCAAUCAAGAAACUGUUCUCCCAAAAGAACGAGUCCCCCAAGAACAUCCAUACCACCUCAAGUGGGGGUGGUUGCGAUACCAGCACAUCGGAAGAGCAAGGUCAGCCCGAGACUGCCAAGGAGAGAGUUGUGAGGGCGUAUGUGCAAUAUCUGAAUGGCCAUGACAUGGAUGGAGCCAAGGAGCUCAUGGCUGAUGACUGCAGGUGCAUCUUCAUCACCCAAGGAGACAAUAUGGAGAUGGAAUACAAUGAAAUGGCGGCCGAAGUUGUCAACAUCUUUGAAGCCUUUCCAGAUUUUAAGUUUCGAUUUGAUUCUUCCAUUGACGAACGCAAGAGCGAUGGAGUGGUGGUAUGGAGUGACUUGGUACCCAAUGGUCAUCAUACGGGCAAGCCAUAUGCUUUUGGACCAUGUCCUGCCAUUGCAGCGUCUGGCAAAUAUGUGGAAAACCCACCGGAGACUAUUUGCUUCCACGUGAAUGAACAAGGAAAGAUCACCAAACAUGUUAUUGAGUCAACAGGGGAAAUGUCAGGCCCACCAGGAAUCUAUACCCAACUUGGUGGCUUCCCUCUCAUGUAACUUGUGGAAUGGAG